AACGAGCUACGGAUCUCGAAAUCCUGAGGGCCUAAAGGUUUUUGACGACUCGUACGAUCAAAGGCUUCCGAUCACUGUUCAGGUGAUUGCUCUACGGGACUGGCGUGUCUGAAGGCUGGUUUCUUCUACCGCCAGUCGGACUUUCCAAACACUAAGACAAACAUUGAAGCCCCACGUCUUUGGCUUUUUAUGCUACGAUGUUCCCCGCCGAAAAACACAUCAUCAAGACCUUCAACAAACUCGUUGAACUUCUCUCUGAAGUAGAUCGUAACAAACCCCAAGUCGCUUUGCUUGCAGGUUCCGCGACACCGUAUAGAAAUGAUACCGACCGUGAGAUGCCCUUCCGUCAGGAAUCAAAUUUCUACUAUUUGACCGGAUGUAACAUUCCUUCAUCAUAUCUCCUGGUCACUUUCCAAACCGGGACAGGGCUGGCUCAGAUGCCAUCGUCCCAAUUAUUUGUUCCUCCAAUCGAACUUGCGGAUAUUAUGUGGUCUGUUCCGCCACCAACCAAGGAAGUGGCUGCACAAAUUCAUGAUGUCACCCAUGUUGAGCACACGGCUGCGCUUCCGGAUGCCAUUCACGAGAUUUUGAAGGCGUUCCCCUCCGCGAUCUUCCACACAUUACCUCGGACCUCACUGUUUCCAGAGCUUCCAGAGAAAUACAUCGGACUGGCUGCAACUAGGAAUGAACCUGUCACGGAUGAAUACCUUUUGACUGCGUUGCAUCGGGCUCGACUGACGAAAGGCGAUGCUGAAAUCGCUUUGAUACAGAAAGCGAACGAGAUCAGCUCUCGUGCUCAUGAAACCGUUAUGCGAGUCCUCGGUCAAGGUGUCAUCGGGGCUAUCAAGAAAGCCAAGGGCGCUGGAACCGAGCGACCUUUGCUCCCGAGUGAAUGGUUAAUCGAGAAGGAAGCUGAGGCCGAAGCCCUUUUCGUUGCUUCUUGUCGAAGAGAAGGGGCUGUACAUCAAGCCUAUCUGCCCAUUGUUGCUGGUGCAAGCCGCGCCGCGACAUUGCAUUACUGCUGCAAUGAUAAGGAAUUUGCGUGGGGUCCCGUCGGAGAGCAUGACCAUCUGAAUCACAAUGAGCUGGAGCACAAUGAAGCGAGAGAUCUGCAUCCCCAAGUCCUGCUGAUUGAUGCCGGUUGUGAAUGGGACUGCUACGCUGCCGAUAUCACCCGAACGAUGCCUGUUGGAAACGGAGGCAAGUUCACACCGGAAGCGCGAGCGAUUUACGAGCUUGUCCUUGAAAUGCAGAAGCUGUCCCUGGAGGUGUUGGAACCUGGUCUUCACUGGGACGCCGUUCAGCUACUCUGUCACCGAACCCUGGUCCGAGGGUUCCAAAAGCUUGGUAUCUUCAAGUCUACAACCUCUCCCAACUCGGGCUCAUGGAACUCCGAGGAGGCUAUCGUUGCUUCUGGAAUCAGUACGGCCUUUUUUCCGCACGGUGUAGGACACUCUCUGGGCAUGGAUGUGCAUGAUGUUCCAAGCGCGAGCAAACCUGAAGUCAAUGAUACCAUCGGCAAAGGGGUGGAACUUGGACACCCUGAAUUCUAUACUUACUUGCGUCUCAGACUUCCUCUUGAGGAGGGUAUGGUAGUGACUGUCGAGCCAGGCAUCUACUUUAACCCGCACCUAUUGGCUCCUGUGCGAGAUUCGAAGCACAUUAAUCAAGAAGUACUCAAGCGAUAUGAAGCAGUCGGCGGUGUGCGGAUUGAAGACGUUGUAGUGAUCAUUAAGGAUGGGCACAUCAACCUUACGACGGUGCGUAGUGAUGUGGAAUGGAUAGAGGGUGUAUGUUCAGGUGUCCUGUGAAUUGUACGCGAAAGAUGUAUGUGCGGUAUGUACUUGUAGCCAUGAGUGUAAAACCUGUGUGUGGGUGCUCCGCAAUAGCGAAAGCUCGGACAU